GGAGGAGGAGGAGGAGGAGGAGAAAGCUCCCGGUCCGCUCGUCCUGCUGCUCCUUUUUUACCGUCAACCCUGCGAGCUGUCGGGUGCUACCGGAGUGCCCGGGGCCGUGGACUUAUUUUAUCCCCGGGAAUCACAUUUGGAUACGAGCAAACUAUCCCAGGAGAUGUUCUUCUUUCUGCUACCUGUCGUGGCUCUAUUGCUGAGCGGAGAAACGGCGGUCUCCGGUAACAGUAACGAGAAAUGGCUGGGCACUGUGGCUCAGUACAACAAGGACAGAACCUGGAACAGAUUCAGAGAUGAAGCAGAGGAUGAUUACUUCAAAAGUUGGGCUCCUGCCAAGUCUCUUGAUCAAGAGCGAGUGGCCGAACCUGGCAGAUAUGGAGACCCAGGAACUGAAGCCCACUCCGCCUCAGCCAAGAAGGCAGCUCAGGAUGGCCCAGAUGUCACCAAGGAUCCGUGUCUGAAGGUGCGCUGUCCUCCUCACAAGGUGUGUGUCAGCCACGACUACCAGACAGCCGUCUGUACCAACCACAAGCAGCCAGGCCACAGUGUGAAACCAAGAAAAGGCAGCACAGGCCACAAGCACAGGCUGGAAGCUGGUUCUCAUGGGAAAUGUAGGGUCUGCUCUGCCCUCCAGUCAACUCCUGUAUGCGGCUCAGAUGGACAUACCUACUCCUCUAAAUGCAAACUGGAGUUCCAAAGCUGCUUGUCUGGGAAGACGAUCUCCGUGAAAUGCGAGGGACUGUGUCCCUGUUUGCCUGGUCAGGAGUUCAACAAACCACUGCACAACACUGAGAAGACGACUUGUACUGACACAGAGCUCCACAGUCUGGCUGCCAGACUGAAGGACUGGUUCGGAGUUCUCCACCUCGAUGCCAACAGAGACCUCAAAUCCUCUGACAGCUUUGACUCCACCGCCGGACACUUUGACACCAGCAUCUUGCCCAUUUGUAAGCACUCCCUGGGCUGGAUGUUCAACAAGCUGGACAUGAACUUUGACCUCCUGCUGGACCAGUCGGAGCUCAGUGCCAUCUACCUGGACAAGUAUGAGGUGUGCAUGAAGCCUCUCUUCAACUCCUGUGACUCCUUCAAGGACGGCAAGCUGUCUAACAACGAGUGGUGCUACUGUUUCCAGAAGCCUGAAGGACUGCCUUGUCAAACCGAGAAGAGCAGGAUUCAGACUCAAAGUCGAAGAAAGAGCCUCAUAGGCUCUUACAUUCCUCGUUGCACCGAGGAGGGCUACUUCAAGCCGACGCAGUGUCACGGCAGCACCGGCCAAUGUUGGUGUGUGGACAAAUAUGGCAACGAGAUCGCUGGCUCUAGAAAACAAGGAAACCCCAACUGUGACGAGGACCAGGAGACAUCGGGGGACUUCGGCAGCGGCGGUGCAGUCAUUCUCCUCGAUGACCAGGAGGAGGAGCCAUCACAGAGCGGGCGGAGCCGGCAGAAGAAGAGACGAGGCCGGAUCCACCCCCGAGGAGCCAUCGAGGAUGACGAGGAUGGGGAAGAGGACAAGGACGACGAAAUCGGCUAUGUUUGGUAGCUCCGCUCCAUUGUUUUACUUUGCCAUCAGCUGACCAGGAAACUCCGUUAACUCAGCACUGAUCCGAAGCCAUUUCCGAUGUCUUUUCCUCCAGUUACCUUGGCAGCAGUCCAUCUUUUGGCCCCUGAAACUGCUCUCGUAACCCUUGUCCUCCUCCAAAUCUCUCUCUUCAGCGAACCGCAUUCGUUCAUUUUCGUGUGUUUCGCCCCUUUCUUCUCCAGACAGGAAACAGAGAGUUUGUUACACUUCAACAACAGAUGUUUAGCCCGUGUUAGGACUCUGCUCAAGCUGUCCACGCUGUCCCGCUUCUAACCUUCUAACAUGGACACUUCUCUUUUAUCUGCAUCACUCCCUCUUUCUCCUUUAUUCGCUAAUUCUCCUUCUCACUCCUCUUGCUGCUUGUCCAUAUCCAUCUCUGGUCAGUCUGUGAGCCCACGUACAGUAGCUGAUGUAUUGGAUGUAAAUAUGUUUCCUACAGGGAUGUCAGAUUGUGGAUUAACCCCCCCACCCCCCAUCCCCGUUGCUCCGUCAGCGGUUCAUUCUCACGUCCGUUGUUCCACCGUCGGGCUCUCUCCAUUGUUCAAUGAUGUUUCCGCAAAUUGCUGCCACAGUUCCAGGCUCUGAGAUGCUCCCACUCUCUGUUAUUCCGCGGAGGAUUGUAAAUUAUUUAACUGUUGAUCUUGAAUGUUCCAGAAAGCCCCAGGAAGCAAUGAGAUUAAUGAUGUAUUGUCGUUGUUGUUGCAUGUUUCUCAUCGUGUUUCUGUAAAAGAGAGAUUUACUCGGCCAGGUCUAGCUCUAUGCAUCUCGAACAGAAAGUGAUGCCUAUUUGGCUGCUACAAUACUUUGUUGCUAUGUUGAUGCUGUCUAGUGUCUUUUUGGUUCUUCUCCCAAACUCAGGAGGUAGGAAGCUUUGCAGAGGGAUAGCAGUGUAGAAAAGAGAACUGCCAGGCCUACAGUCCAGAUCUGUGGUGUCUCAGCCAGCUUUUCUUUUACCAGUCGAUCAGUAGGGCUGCUGAGGCUUUUUUUUUUUUUUUUGACUGUGCAUGGACACUAGAAGAAGAGGCUGCUCCUGAGCUGGGAGGACAAAUGAAGUCGAGCAGAGAACAGGCUCUCUUCUGCCUAACAACAUUGGAUAUGUUCAGUGAUUUGAAAUUGAAAUCUUCACCAUGUCAACUACGUGAACUUUUAUUUGUAACUUUGAAAAUUUAAGUAAAGUGGCACUUUGAGUGUCUUUUGAACCUUAA